AUGGGCCAGGUUCACGUCAUGGAAGCUCCUUCAUCAUAUAAAGAAUCUACCCCCACCAGCAUCCUGUCACCACUACGAACAUCACUACCAUCCAAGAAACAUAAAAAGAAACCAUCGUUAUUCAAACGUAUCACAGCCGAGUGGAGCACCUUCGUCACAAAGAUCAAGGCGUUAUCGGAGGCGACAUUUUCAGAAGACGAGGUAGUGGACGAGCUUUUUGAGGACGACGGAGACGCAUUCGAUAGGUUUCUGAGAAGCAACUUCAGAACGACCAACAAGGCUGACGAACAGUUCCUCAACGACUUUAAGGUCUACAAGUCUCUUGACAAAUUAUACGAGGCAAAGAGCUCUAAAACAAGCAAAAACUUCAACACAGAUACGCCGCAAACCAUGGACGUGGUGAGCGUAGAUGACCUUGCAUCCAAGAACCUCAAGUACCAGGACUUGGACAUGGUAAAACUCAGAGAUGAGUUGGAGACUCGAGUGAAGACAGCGCAAAUCAUGUCCGAUACUCUGACAGACUCGUCCGGGCGUGGUCUGGCUCCGGAAGUGCCUAAACAGAAUAUUGGCGAGACAUUAUGGGAGUAUCGCCGGGCACAAUGGCUUGCGACUGACGAUGGUGUGGAUGCUGGCACGAAGUUGGAGGAGCGGGCAGCUCGGCUGUCCAUCAAGCAUAUACCGAAGGAGUUGUAUCCUCGCAUCUACAGUAAUUUUGUGGAGAAGUCGAAGCCGUUGAAGGCCGACAAACGCAUCAAUUUGGAGGAUUUGAUUAAUAUCAUCAACGCGGGCUGGAUUAGUGAUGAGAAAUGGGAACGGGCUGCCAAGGGGUUGGCCUGA